AUGGUCGCGAACACAAAACACAAACUCGAUACACAUGUAAGAGCAGCAAAGCGCGAAUCGAGUCUUCCGUUCCGAGUUGCAGUCGCAUUCCGUCCGUCAACAGAUAUCCGCAAUCAAAGCGACCAACGAAGUGGUAGCAAGCCAACGUACAAAGACCGUAGGUGGCAAACUUUGGCCCUCUUCGACGUGCAAUUCCUGUCGUUGCGAUCGACGUGGCGGCUUGUGGAGCUACAGGAUGACGCGGUUAUUGUGGAGCGUGCGCUUGCUGGGCUGCCGUCCUCUAUGGUCCAGGCUGGAGCGAAGAAUGCUGCUGGCGCCAGCAUGUUGAUCGUGCAUCAGAGAUCAUCUCAUCAACGAGGGACAGUGAAGUUCACACUACCGUGA